AUGGGGCAUCCUCUUCUCCCACCCACGGGACUUCACACCCGUCUGCACGACAGAGCUUGGCCGGGCAGCAAAGCUGGCGCCCGAGUUCAGCAAGCGCAACGUGAAGAUGAUCGCCCUCUCCAUUGACAAUGUCCAAGACCAUCUCUCCUGGAGCAAGGACAUCAACGCAUACAAUGGGGAACAACCCCAGGAGAAACUCCCCUUCCCCAUCAUUGCUGAUGCAAACCGGGAGCUCGCUGUCAAGCUGGGCAUGCUAGACCCGGAUGAGCAGGACAAGGAUGGCAUGCCUCUGACUGCUCGUGUGGUGUUCGUUUUUGGCCCGGAUAAGAAGCUGAAACUCUCCAUCCUGUACCCAGCCACCACCGGGAGAAACUUUGAUGAGAUCCUGAGAGUCGUGGACUCCCUGCAGCUGACGGCAUACAAGAAGGUCGCUACCCCUGUGGACUGGAAGCCUGGUGACAGCGUCAUGGUCGUGCCCACCUUACCUGAUGAGGAAGCCAAGAAGCUCUUUCCCAAAGGAGUCUUCACGAAGGACCUCCCGUCGGGCAAGAAGUACCUGCGCUACACCCCGCAGCCAGAGUGAGCGGGUCUGCCCAUCCAUCCCCCCGGGCUGCCCAUCGUUUGGCGUUGGGAGCCUUGCCCGUGCCCAGCUCCUGCCUCCCUGACACCGCAUGAUCAGCAGCCUCGUACGGUCACACUGAUGGUGCAUCGCAAUACUAAACCAAUCCUCCCCAUCCCUUUCAUCCCCCACAUCCCCUCAAAAUUAAAACCCUGGGUGUUUUCUUGCCUUGAAUCAGCCCCACAAGGAGGAGGUUAGCAGACCAGUGGGGGCUACAAGGCUCACGCUG